AUUUUCCUGCACAUCACCAGCUGACGGUCUCCCUCCGGCUGCUGUUAUAACUGUCAACAAAAGGGAACGGUUUACAGUUUGUGUUUGGCUGGUGGAAAGGACAAUAUUGAAUAAAAAUGGUUAAACUUGGUGGUAACCUACAAGACAAAGGGGUUAAAGCAGUGAGCGUUGAGGAUGGAUUUCAAACUGUUCCCCUAAUCACCCCCUUGGAUGUUGGCAAUCUUCAGUACCAGGCUCCAGACAAGGUGGUGGUGAAGACACAAAAUGACUACCAGACAGAGCAGAAGAACAAGGCAAAGCUGAAGGUGCCCAAGAUGGAAGAGUUUACCAUUAGCUUCACUGAUGGAGUGUCAGAAAGACUGAAGGUCACUAUCCUUGUUGUGCUGGCCCUGGCCUUUCUUGCCUGUAUAGUGUUUCUGGUGGUGUACAAAGCAUUCACUUAUGACCACACCUGCCCAGAUGGCUUUGUGUACAAGCACAAGAGAUGCAUCCCAGCGUCCCUCGAGGCCUACUACACCGCUCAGGAUGCUAACUCCCGAGGCCGCUUCUACACAGUGAUUAGCCACUAUAGCAUGUCUAAGCAAACCUCAUCCCACUCUGUCUCACCGUGGCUGCCAGCUGGCAGUAUCCAGCGUGAUGAGAAACCCCCCAAUUCUGUCACCCAGUAAUGCUGCUCAUGCUGAAUCUUUAAUGUCCAUACCAGCUUUCCUCUCAUCUGAUUUAACUGUUUACUCUCAUUUCUAUUUUUACCCCGUUUGUUUUAUUUUCAUCAUAAAAUGUAUUAUAUGGUUUUAUUUAUUAAUUUAUUUAUUUAUUUAUGUGUUUGUCUGUGUCCAAUCCCUGUUUUUGUACUGAAUGUCACAUAAUUGUACAGCACGAUGAACAAAAGCAUCCAAAACUUUCAAUAGGAAACCCUCUAGUAACGUGGUUCUAGUCAUUGUAAAAGGCAUGAUACAAUAUGAAUUUCUUUGGUUUUUAUUUUUAAUCAUAACAUUUUUGUGUUUUAAUGUCCAGACUGAAAAAUAA